AUGUUUAGAUCUGUUGCUACUAGAGUAUCUGCCUGUCGUGGGUUAGCAACCAAUGCUGCUCGUAAAUCACUCACCAUUGGUCUUAUCCCAGGUGAUGGUAUUGGGAAGGAAGUCAUUCCUGCCGGUAAGCAAGUUUUGGAGAAUCUGAACUCGAAGCACGGCCUAAGUUUCAACUUUAUUGAUCUGUAUGCUGGUUUCCAAACAUUCCAAGAAACCGGGAAGGCAUUACCUGACGAGACCGUCAAUGUUUUAAAGAAACAAUGUCAAGGUGCUCUAUUUGGUGCAGUGCAAUCUCCCACUACCAAAGUGGAGGGUUAUUCUUCACCAAUUGUCGCUCUGAGAAGAGAAAUGGGUCUAUUCGCUAAUGUUCGUCCCGUCAAGUCUGUGGAAGGAAGCAGGAAUAAACCAAUUGAUAUGGUUAUCGUUAGAGAAAACACUGAGGACUUGUAUAUCAAGAUUGAAAAAACAUACAUUGAUAAGGCCACAGGAACAAGAGUUGCUGACGCAACAAAGAGAAUAUCCGAAAUUGCAACAAGACGAAUUGCUACCAUCGCAUUGGAUAUUGCCUUGAAAAGACUACAAACAAGGGGCGAAGCCACUUUGACGGUGACACAUAAAUCGAAUGUUUUGUCUCAAACUGAUGGUUUAUUCAGAGAAAUCUGUAAGGAAGUCUACGAAUCCAACAAAGACAAAUAUGGCCAAAUUAAAUACAACGAACAAAUUGUGGAUUCCAUGGUUUAUAGGCUGUUCAGAGAACCACAGUGUUUCGAUGUGAUAGUAGCACCAAACCUAUACGGUGACAUAUUAUCUGACGGUGCUGCUGCUUUAGUAGGUUCAUUGGGUGUUGUUCCAAGUGCCAAUGUCGGUCCAGAAAUUGUCAUUGGUGAACCAUGUCAUGGUUCCGCCCCAGAUAUCGCUGGUAAGGGUAUUGCCAACCCAAUUGCUACUAUAAGAUCUACUGCUUUGAUGUUGGAAUUCUUAGGCCACAAUGGUGCUGCCCAGGAUAUUUACAAAGCCGUUGAUGCCAACUUGAGAGAGGGCGCUAUCACGACCCCAGAUUUAGGCGGUAAGGCUUCCACUCAACAAGUGGUUGACGAUGUUUUGUCAAGAUUAUAA